AUGGAGCGCAUUGCGGUGAAGCAGCAGGUGUACUACCACCUGCCGCAGAAGGGCUGGCUGCGGGGUGUGAUAGAGGCGGUGCUCGAGGGCGAGAAGAAGGCGCAGGUGGUGAGUGCGGCGACCGGAAACACGGAGACGGUUCCACUGACGCAGAUCCACGGCUACAUGGAGCAGGCCUACGACGCGAGUGACCCGGACUUGUUUCACCUGAGCGACCUCCACGUGGCGACCACCCUGUACUGCAUCAAGGAGCGCUUUGAGAAGCUGAAGCAGCAGUACUCCAUUAUGGGGGAGAUGAUUCUCAGCGUCAACCCCUUCCAACUCAUGCCCUUCAACAGCGACUCCCAUCGGGAGAAGUACCUCAACGCCAGACAGGCCCACCUUUUGCCGCCGCAUAUUUGGCAGGUGGCGCACAGGGCCUACGCCCAGAUUGUCAUUCGGGGUCUUGGGAACCAGUCCGUCGUCAUCUCCGGCGAAUCCGGGAGUGGGAAGACGGAGAACACCAAAAUGCUGAUCGCCUACCUUGGGGAGAUGAGCCACAUGCACAGCAGCAACACCAUGCAGAAGAAGGUGGCCGACAAGGUGGCCGACUGCCUAAAGUGGAGCAAUCCCGUGCUGGAGUCCUUCGGAAAUGCCCGCACGGUGCGCAAUGACAACUCAUCGCGCUUUGGCAAGUACAUCAAGCUUUACUUUGACCCAAGCUCUGGGGUCAUGCUCGGUGGCCAGACGGUGACAUACCUGCUGGAGAAGAGCCGACUACUGCUACAGGCCGCGGGGGAGCGGAAUUAUCACAUCUUCUACGAGAUGCUCGCGGGGCUUUCGCCGGAGGAAAAGAAAGAACUCGGUGGCCUCAAAUCUGCGCGUGAUUAUAAGUGCCUAAGCGGCGGGCACACCUUCGAUCGACACGGUGUGGAUGGCAGAGUCUUGAAUGAUGCGCAUGAGUUUCGGAAUGUGCUUCACGGCCUUACCGCCAUUGGCGUCGGCGUCUGUGUGCGGAAGAGCAUUCUCAAGAUCUUGGCAAGUAUUCUCCAUCUGCUGGAGCUGCGCUUCGACGUGGACCAAAACGACAAGGCAUGCAUUGAGGAUGAGGCGCCGUUUCACAUCGCCUGCUCCCUGCUGCAGGUGGAACCUGCGCUGCUGCUGGAGUGCUUCCUUGUGAAGAGCCACACGAGCCUCGUAACGAUUUACGCCAACAAGGCAGAGGCGGAGGGAUUGCGUGGUGCGUUCUGCAAAGCCAUCUACGUGGGCCUCUUCGAUCGCAUCGUGGAUUUUGUAAACAACGCCAUUGAGCCGCAAGAGGAUGUCAGCCACUGCAAGUACAUUGGGCUUCUGGACAUCUUCGGCUUUGAGAACUUCACACGCAACAGUUUUGAGCAAAUCUGCAUCAACUACGCCAAUGAGGCGCUGCAAAACCACUACAACAAAUACACCUUUCUGAACGAUGAGGCGGAGUGCGAGCGGGAAGGCAUUGAGGUUCCAAAAAUUGUUUUUCCCGACAACUCGGAGUGUGUGAAGAUGUUUGACCAAAAGAAGGCCGGCAUCUUCUCCCUGCUCGACGAGGAGUGCCACUUUAAGGGCGGCACCGCCGAGCGCUUCACGCAGACCCUUUGGGACAUCUGGGGAGAGAAGGGCAAGUACUUUGUGCAGCCCAAGAGCACCGUGCCGAACCAGUUCGGCGUCAAUCACUACGCGGCGUUUGUGAGCUACAACACGGAGGAGUGGCUGGAGAAGAACACGGACAGGGUGAAGGAAGAGGCGUAUCAGUGCAUCCUCAACUCCAAGGACCCGUUUAUUCAGACCCUGACGCCGAACGAUUACACCUCGGAUAGACGCAAACAGACGGUGGCCCUCCGCUUUCAGGCGCAGUUGGCCGACCUGCGGGCGGAGCUGGAAACAACCGAGACGCAGUUUAUCCGCUGCAUCAAGCCCAACAUGGAGGCCAGUCCCGACACUCUGGACAACUGCCUUGUCAGCAACCAGUUGGAGUCGGCCGGUGUACUGCAGACAAUUGCGCUAAAGCGUCAGGGAUACCCUGUGCGCCGUUUGAUUGAGCAAUUCUGCAAAUAUUUUUGUCUCAUCAUGCCGCAGGCAACGCUGAAGCUGUACAGGCAAAAGAACUUUAAGUCCGCCGCAACCAACUUCCUCGGCUACUACCAAAAACUGUACGGUUGGCAGAAGCCAAACUACGCCAUUGGACACACAAAAGUGUUUCUCCGUGCGGAGGUUUGGUCCUCCGUCGAGCGGCUGCUUCUGCGGCGUAAAGCGUGGCUCUUGCGCCGAUGUGUGCCCUUCCUGCUACGGUGGGUUUACACCAACCGGGAACUAAGGCGUCUUGCCGAGGAGCGGCGAAAGGAGGAGCUGCGCCAGGCCAAGGCGGAACGUGAGCGUUUAAUUGCGGAGAUCAACGCAAACGGCUUUACGCCGAAGCAAAUGGAGUGGGUGGAGGAGCUUGCCACCCUCUUUCCCACCGUUGACGUCUCGACGCUCAUCGACGUGGUUGCGGUCCUGCCGAAGCGCGAGGAGUCUCUGGCGGCCGUGGCGGAGAUGCAGCAACAGAGCGUUGACGGCUCCCUCGCGUGCACCUUUAUGCGUGUCAUGAGUGAGGCCGAGGUGCGACCGGCGGUGGUGAAGGCCCUGGUGGAGGGCGAAGUGACCACCCUGGCGAGGCUGUCGCAGUGCGAGCAGGCGGAACUCAAAGAGUUCGGUAUGACAGACGCCGAGGUUGCCGCCGUGGCCCGCACGAUGCUCAGGGAACAGUCCGCCCGCGUGAAGCUGGAGCGGCUCCAGAGCAACAUUGGGACAACGCAGCUGGAAAGAGUUGUCGGCGAGGUGAAGCGCCGUGUUUUAACGCAGUCCGACUUCGCCACGAAGGUGGGCAAACUCAUGGAAAUGGGAUUCCCCCGCGGCCACGCGGAACUCGCAUUGACGCACUACAGCGGCGACGUGCAGAAGGCGGCAGAGCGCCUGCUGCAGGGCGGGGUUGCGAGGCACAUCCACGAGAAACCCCCCCACGGCGACAACGGCAGGUGGACCUCCCUCGACCCCGAGGUGCAGCGGCUCGUGAAGCUCGGCGUGUCGAAAGCCGAUGCAAAGCAGGUGCUUCGCAAGACCAGCGGAAACGUUGACGAGGCCGUCCGACGGCUUUUUCCCCCGGUUUCAUGA